UAGCAGGAGGGGUUGGCCCUAUAAAUAGAGGGAGAGACGGGGAAAGAGUACUACUCAGCCUCAUAAAGAGGACCCGCGUUUAACAAGAGACAAUCCUACACGGAAAAGAUGGACAACAGAUGUAGCUGUUUGUCUAAGGGUGAUAGGCUUUUAAACCCUAUCCUCUACAACAUCCUUUGCCAAAUGGAUAGCAGCCGACCAAGCCAAGAGCACCUCAGCUACAACUCGGUGCCUCACAGAUGCAACUGUGAGGUGCGACGGACAGUGUGCCUGAAAACGCCAACGGAGACCUGCAAGGAGGCUUCAGCAGUUCUGGUCAAAACGGUCACUUUCAUGAAGAACUUGCCCGCUUUUAAGCAGUUGCCACCGAGCGACCAGUUUUCUCUUCUGAGAAGCUGCUGGGCGCCGCUUUUCAUCCUGGGCCUGGCUCAGGAGCGCGUGGACUUUGAGGUAGCAGACGUUCCCGCCGACAGCAUGCUGAAGAAGAUUCUCACCAACCGCCAGCAGAGCCCCGAGACGGAGCGGGAGCAGCCCACCAUGGCGGGCGUCAGCAAGCUCAAGUCCUGUCUCAAAAAGUUCUGGAGUUUGGAUUUGAGCCCUAAGGAGUACGCAUACCUGAAAGGGACUACGAUAUUUAACCCAGAUGUACCAGAUUUAAAGGCGGGCUUGUUUGUGGAAGGCCUGCAGCAGGAAGCCCAGCAUGCCCUGAGCAAGGUAGUCCAGCUCCUGCACCCCGGACAUCAGGAGCACUUUGCACGAAUCCUGCUCACCGCCUCCAUGCUGCAGGGCAUCACACCCAGCCUCAUCACUGAACUCUUCUUCCGGCCCGUGAUAGGCCAGGCCAACCUGCUGGAGCUGCUGGUCGACAUGCUCUUUGGCAGAUAGAGGUGGACCUCGUGUCAAACUGUCACGGGAAAUGAUGAGUCCUUUGAGUGACGAUGCCUUUGCAGUGUCCUCUCAUGAUACAUUGGGAUGUUCGACAAUGUUGGUGUAAAGCCAACGAAAACCUGUUUGCUGAGCAUGGGAAUGGGGUUUUUACUUACAUUUACACUGAAACUGAGGUCACUUUAGCAGAUUUGCUCCACUGAGCCAGGAAGAUGCUGUGCUUUGCUCUCACUAUACUUGAUAUUACAUGAAAGAACAUUUCUGCUUUUUAUUGAUGUAAAUAACAGUUGUUUUCAUUUACAGAAAACAUCAAAUAAAUAUAUUUUUGUACAUGGAAGUAA